AUGUCUGACUUUACUGCGAUUUUCGAGGAGAUUGAAGCGAUUCAUCUUGCACUCCACAGCUACCUCCAAAGAGCUGAUGUCCGCCUGUGGACGCGUGUUCAUUUCCCGGGCGAGAGAUGGUUUGCUGAACGGAGAGAGGAUGCCAGAUCGCAGCCAACGACGCUUACGCGUGGUGUCGAGAAAUUACUACAUGGUCGUGUAACUGCCGCCAGAGAAUUGACGGUCCAAAGGAUUGAUGAUCAUCACACUGAAGUUAAAUAUGGAUCUUCUAGCGAGUCUUUGAAUGUUGUUAAUUUGGUAGAGAAAAAGUGCACAUGUCGGCAUUUCGAACGCGAGAAAUUACCAUGUGUACACGCAAUCGCAGCUGCGGCGUACAACAAUGUUUGUCGUAUAUCCCUGUGCAGUCCUUACUAUAACAGUGAAUAUUCGGUGAGCGCAUACGCUGAAUCUAUCAUGCCGGAUGACUCAGCGCAACCUGUUCUAGAAAUCGUAGCAAACCAACCGUGCUUGCCACCGUAUAUUUGUCAACAACCAGGAAGACCUAAGAAAAAUAGGAUGAAAUCUGCUUUAGAAGUUGCACUUCAAAACCAACGUCCUAGGAAAGAACACACAUGUUCUCGAUGUAGACAGAGUGGCCAUAAUGCGAAAACUUGUCCGAUGUAA